UGUAACUACAAGCCCACAUAAGCCCAGUGAAAAUAAUUAGUCCCAUGACUGAUCUGUAGUCAGUAUCUCACAGAUUUGUGCUGUCACUGUCGCCCAUGGGGACCUGUUGCUGUGCUUAUUGAACCUUAUGAAGUGCAGUACCUAGAGACAAACCUGUGAGCCAGUCAGAUGUGGUGCUAGUGUUUCAAAGUAUGAGCAUGUUUGAUCAAAAAGCAGUGGUUUGAGCAGACUGUUGGCAUCCAUGUGAUGGUGAUGAUGGUGAUGGUGGUCUUAUUAUAGAACAUUUCACGACAGCCCGCUGUUACUUCUUAUAAUGAGUACGACGAUGAUGAAAGGCGGCAGUGAAGUUCUGCCCCGUCUUUCCUUAUCAUUAAUGGAUGACACAGACUAUGUACCAGUAGCAUAGAGGCACUGCCAUGGUUACCUGCGUGGAAACCCAAUCAUUAGGGACUUUCACUUCUCCCUUUUCACAUCUCUCUCCUUCUGGCACCAUAAACAUGUUUACUGAUUCUGAUGCUGCAAAUGAAUGAGUAAAGCAAGCACUUAUAUAUUCUAAAAAUACAUGCAAUCAUCAUAUAUGUUUGUUUUAAUCAUAAAUCAUGGAAAUACAUGUCCAAUUGUGUGAAGAUUGUAAUAUACAUAAUAUAAAUGUAAUUUGUACAAAUGUAACUGUGAAUAGUCAUAGUCAUGUGAUACUACCUGCUGGCUGCCAUGGCAUUAGAUGGUGCAAUAAUAGGAGGAGAAAGGCAGAGUCACACAGGACUUGAUCUAUGAAUACACCCUUAAGGAGAAAACUCACACAUACAAUGUGGCUGUUUGAUACAUGACUGAGACUUUCAUUUGUGAAGAAUGAGGUGGAUGCUCUCGUUCUGGGCGGCUGCAGCUCUGUUGGCUCUCUGUAGGGGACAAAACUCUUCGUAUAAAGGAACUAACCUGUCUGAAUCUGGCUACCAUCUCUGUAUUCGCAAUGAGAGACGGACUGUGAGUUCUCUGGUGAUGCAUGAAGUCCCCUAUAAUGUGACGAAGCCUUGUGGAGGUUGGCUCCUGUGGAAAUCAUGUACAGUCACACUCUACAGGACGACCCCUCAGAUUGAAUACAAGACAGUGGUGGAUCAUGUGCCUAGGUGCUGCGAUGGCUACGUACAAGUCGGCCCUUACUGUGCCCUGCCUGUAAACAGGAGUAGGGCCUUCAGUGCCAAGCCAGGAUCCUGUCCAACUGCAGAUGGACUGGAGCCCAAAUCUGAGGACUGUGUGUGGGACAUAGACUGUCCAGGCCGGCAGAAGUGCUGCCAGGGAUUGGGAUGCUCUUUCUGCAUGGAUCCUACAGGCUUCAAAAGUCCUUCUGAGAAUGGACGACAUCGUUUGAAAGCAACAGUGACUGUGGAGACAGUUUACCAGGAACUGAUGUCCAAGGUUGGCGGAUUGCUGAACCACACCAGAUUACUACACGCAAUGGUAACUGGCGCUUUGCAGUCUGAUGAUGUUUCAGUCUUCUAUGUCAGCUCAUGGGCUGUGCAGCCAUAUAGAACUGCUACUUCACUGUUGGUCGACUUCAGCGUUCCGCUGCCACUAAACAACGUCACGUCACGGCUGCAUGUUCUCGUCAAACGCAUACCGGAGGUAUCAGCUGUAACAGUGGAAGAUGUAGAUGAGUGCACAGAACCUGCUCUCCAUCAGUGCUCCCCUCUGGCAGACUGCUACAACACAGAGGGCUCCUACAAGUGUAGCUGCCACCAGGGAUAUAUUGAUGCUGAUCCUAGCAACCCUGGAACCCACUGUACGGCAGGUUUGAAGCCUCCAGUCGACAACUCUGGGUCGACCGAUCCCCUAAGUAACACAAGCUCUGUCACGGUCAAUGCUCCACAGUGGACACAUGCUGAUCCUCAGACCAACAGCAGCAGCAGCAGCAGCAGCAGCAGCAGCAGCAGCAGCAGCAGCAGCAGCAGCAGCAGCAGCAGCAGCAGCAGCAGCAGCAGCAGCAGCAGCAGCAGCAGCUCAUCUCUGCCCACAGCCACAUGCUCUCCUCCCAUCAUCACCAGCUUACAAUCAGCAAACGUUACUGGAAGCUCCUUCUGUGUACACUGGUCUGGUCCAAUUCAGACAAACCAGACCUACUGGGUUCUUCUGAGCAGGGGGACAGAAGCCAUGCACCUUUGGGAAACCACACAGACCAUGAUGACGAUGAGGAGACUGCAGCCAGGGGUCCUCUAUAACAUUACGCUCACCCCUCAUGCCUGCACCAGCCGUGGACCGGCCCGCUUUGUGUUGGUUAGGACUGAUGCUCAGACUGUUGACGCUACAGUCAGACUCACCAACAUCGGGUUCUCUGCUGACCUGCAGAACAUCAGCAGCCAGGCCUACAAAAGCACAUCUGAGAGCAUUACAGAGGAGAUCUACCAGUGUCUGUCUGCAGACGUGGAGGCCCUGGUGGACGCAGGCCAGGUGAGAAUCCAGAUCAGAGGUUUCUCACCAGGCAGCGUUGUUGUCCAAUUCUCCAUCUUCACCUCCGGACAGAGCCAAGACAUCGGUGUCGUGUCUUCCGCUCUGCUGCAGUCUCUGCUGAACAGCUCUGUGUAUACAGUUGACACAAACAGCACAAGCAUAAACGACUUUAAUGAAUGCGCUUCAGGGGAAAGUGACUGCUCUCAGUGGGCUACAUGUACUAACACCUGGGGCAGCUACACAUGCAGCUGCCUGGAUGGAUAUGAAGACAACAACCCAGAGAGGCCGGGACGAGCCUGUCAAGAAAUUGCUACCAAAGCCAUUGUAGCACCAAGUGAAAUGGUUUCCUCUAGAGCCACACCAGGAUCAAAUACCUCUACAGUCACUCAUGCAAGUCCCCCCGGCACUUUAACAGCCACUCCUGCCCCUGCGACCCCUGUCUCCAGCGUGGUGCUGAGGAGUGGGCCCGUCUCAGUUCAGUGCAGGGUUGCAGCCAUCACUGUGAUGGUGGAGAGGGCUUUUCUCUUGCGCAACAAGAUCAGGGACAGCACCCUGUACCUGGGGCUGCUGGAAUGCGGCGUCAACGGGGGGAACGCCAGCCACGCCGAGCUGACCGUGGCGUGGAACGAGUGUGGCACCAGGCUUGUGCAUAAUGAUACCUACUACACAGCAUCUGUAACCCUGAUCAACACCCUUGACUCAUACCGCUUACCCAGUGGAAGUAUGCAGGCGCCCAGAACACGCCUAGAGGUCCCCAUCAUGUGCACCUACAAGAAGAGCAUGCUGAUGUCUUCUGACUUUGGUUCCAUGGGGUAUGAACUGAUCAAAGAAAUCAUUGUGGGCUCGGGGUCGUUCCAGGUGACGAUGGAGUUGGUGAACGGUACAGCGCCUCUUUCCCACAACUACAGCGUGUCCCGCCAGGAGGAGGUUGUGAUAGAGAUCAGCAUCGACACAUCCUCUGAUCGUGUUAAAGUGAUUGCCAACAAGUGCUGGGCCACGUCCACCCCAAACCCUGCAGACACCUACAGCUACACGUUCCUGGAGAACAGCUGUUCCCUGAACGCCUACACCAAAGUGCUGAUAAAUGGCAAAUCCAGCAAGUCCCGCGUGUCUGUGCAGAUAUUCUCCUUGGUAAACUUGGACGUGGUCUAUCUGCACUGCCAGGUCCACGUCUGUAUCCAGGUCGGCUCAGACACCUGCACCACUGGCUGUCUUCAAAGAGCAGCUCGGUCUUCAAACACCAUUGGAACCGCUAACGGUUCUGUUGGACCUCUGCAAAGAUCAGAGGAUCAGUCCUCGGAGCAGGGGUACGACAUUGUGCAUGUGGUGGGCCUCUCCUGCCUUGGAGUGGGUUUGUCACUCUUCUUCAUUGUUGGCUUUGUUUGCGUCUUCUACUGCCAGAGGAACCGCAUCGGACACUACAACUUCAGCGUCAAGACUAAGCAGGAGAAUUUCACCGUCCUGGACCUCAACGCCUGAGUCCCAAGGAAAAAAAAUAAACAUUUGUUGUAAAAGUAAACCGCAGGUUCUUACAGUGUCCACUAGGUGUCAUCAUUAACAGACACUGCAAAUCUUUGCACAUUAAAUAAUAAAUAAUAUUGUAAUGUUGAGUCGAAAUAAAGCACAGUUGUUUAGGUAUAUUGAGAAAAUCUAAUGUAAAACUAAUGCCACUAAUUCAUUGUUUUUAUUGUGGAAAAAGGACACAUUUCAGCCGAUUUGUGCUGUUGAGCUUACAGUGCUGCAGCGCAAAAUGGUUCUAAUACCCUUGAAAUAAAUAAUUUACCACAACCUU